AUGAGUCAAGAUUACUUUUCGAAGAAGGGAAAGGCCCCUAUGGACCAGGAGGUCGAGAAGGACGAGUCCGACGCGCCCUAUCAGCCGGUGCCGUCAUCGAGCAGACCACCGCAGUUCAUGACCGUGGGAUCCGGCUCCACCUCAGCACACGCAGCGCACCUCCAGUCUCUGCUGGAAAACGACUCGGGCUAUGGUGGCAGCAUCGCGGAUGGCGAUGCGAUGACCUCCUCCGGCGACCGACACAUCCCGACUCCCGUCAAUGGGCAGCUCUCCGAGGUUGACCGUCGCAGUCAGGCCGGCGCUAUCCACCAGCUGUGGUACAAUGCACACAGGGUGACGCUGGGUCGCUCGAUCAACAAGGUUAUCGAGCUGUUGAAGGAGCUGCAGGACAUGAACGUCUCUUGGCCCGCGCAUUACCCUUCCGUCCAGCGAACCGAGUCAUCGCGCCCCGCCCCUUCACACGCAUACUCGACAACCGGCGAAGCACCCGCCUCUGCUUCCUCUGUUCCCUCUUCCCCGACUGCCCCGCCGGCGAUACGACGAUCCUUUACAUCGGUCGAGGCUCGCAACGACGCCGAGUCGAGCAAGGCCCAGGAGCGGCGUGCCCCCGAAGAGCCCCGGCUUGUUACCCCUCAGAUCGCCCAGGACUUCUCGGUUCUCAAGCUGGAUCUCAAGCUGGGCUCGCUCCAUCAAGCGGAGCUCGUCCACUCCCUUGAAAAGGGCUCCAUCGCCUCGCUCCUGGAUGGCAAAAUCAGCUCCAGUAUCCGACACUUGCUCAACCUCCGCGAGCGAAUCGAAGAUACUUCCAGCAAGGUGCUCGUCACUGGUGACCUCAACGCCGGCAAAUCCACUUUUUGCAACGCUCUGCUGCGCAGAAAGGUUCUGCCCGAAGACCAACAGCCCUGCACGGCAAUCUUCUGUGAGGUCCUGGACGCUAGGGAGAACGGAGGACUGGAGGAGGUGCAUGCCGUGCACAGGGACGCCGCCUACGACAGACACGACGAGAGCACCUACGACGUCUACAAGCUGGCACAGCUCGAGGACCUUGUUGUCGAUAACGAGAAGUACACCCAGUGCAAGGUGUACGUCAAGGAUGUCCGGACCAUUGACGAAUCGCUACUCAACAACGGUGUUGUCGAUAUCGCUUUGAUCGAUGCGCCUGGCCUGAACUCGGAUACGACGAAGACAACGGCGGUGUUUGCGCGCCAGGAGGAGAUUGAUGUGGUUGUCUUUGUGGUUUCGGCUGCGAACCACUUCACCAUGACUGCCAAGGAGUUCAUCUGGGCGGCUGCAGCCGAGAAGGCAUACCUCUUCAUCGUGGUGAACGGCUUCGACAACAUCAGAGACAAAAAGAGAUGCGAGAAGAUGAUUCUCGACCAAGUUCAUGGUCUCAGCCCAAGAACACAUAAAGAGUCCUCGGAGCUGGUGCACUUCGUUUCAAGUAACGCUGUUCCUACAGCCCCUGCGCCACCAGGUGGCCCGUCAGGCGGCGGUGGCGACGACGAUCCAAGCGAUGACCCCAAGGGUAAGGGCAAGGAUAUCGAGAAGAUCCGGGAUUUUGAGAACCUCGAACAGUCACUGCGGAGGUUUGUCCUGGAGAAGCGCGCCAGAUCCAAGCUGGCACCUGCGAAGACAUACCUGCUCAACAUCCUCAACGACGUUCACGUCCUGGCCAACGUCAACUCAGCGGUCGCCAACUCGGAGCUCGACCGUGUCACCAAGGAGCUCAGGGAGAUCGAGCCGCAGCUCGAGUCAAGCAGAAAGGCCACGGCGCAGGUUGGCGACGAAAUCGACAAGAUCACCGAGGAGACGUGCAAGGAGGUCUACGAUCACACGCGGAUGACACUCAGUGUGGCCAUUGACCACGCUGGUGACAACAACCACGGUGUUCCCUACCGUGGCAUCUUCAAUGCGUUUGAGUAUGCCGAGGAGCUGAAGGAAGCCAUGAUGUCCUACAUCCACGAGUCGGUUGUCGCCUGCGAGGAACACGCAAAGUCGAAGACGGUUGGUGGCGUCAACGCCAUCAAGCAGCUCGGUAUUUUGCACCUCGGUGACGACUAUCAGAACCUGGUAUUCCGACCCGACGUCAUGUUCAAGAGAAAGCGGGACUCGAUGGCGCGCAACGUGGACGUUCCCACCGAGGUUUGGGACUUUGUUGACUGGAACACCAUUGUUCAAAAGCAAGAGAAGGUUGCAGGUACGGGCAUGGCCCUCACUCUUGCUGGAGCCCUUGUUCCGCGCAUGAUGGGCAGCAGCGGCUGGCUGGACCAUGCGUUGAGCGCAGCGAAGAUCAUGGGCAACGACAACUUGCGUCGCCUCAUCGUGCCUGGUAUCAUCGCAGCCGCCUUCGCAGCCGCCGCCUACGUUGUCAACCAGAUUCCCAACUCGCUUCCCCACCGCUUGUCAACCAAGAUUGCGGUCCAGCUAGAGUCUAUCGACUACGUGCAUACCAACGCGACGCGCAUUUCCGGGUCGGUCCGGAAGGUUCUCCGCUACCCUGCUGAUAACCUCCGCGUGGGCCUGGAGCAGUCGGUCAAGGACCUCGGCAAGCGACGCGAGGAGACGCUCAAGGUGCGCCAGGAGAGCGAGGUCGCGCUCAAGUACUUUGGCAACCUCGUCCGCAACAGCGCGCAGCAGAGGACGGUCGUUGAGGGCGUCGACCUGGAUGCACCGCCGCCAGGCGCCGUCGCCGCCGGGCUUCACUGA